CGGGGCUGCCAUGUUGAGUCGCCUCCUCCUCCUCCUCCUCCGCCUCAGCCUCCUCCUCCUUCUCCGCCGCUUGUGCUUUGUUGUCGGCUCCAUGUAUAGCUGAAGGCCCCGGGGAAGGAAAGAAGGAAGGGAGGAAGGAAAGGAGGAAGGAAGGAGGAGGAAGAGAGAGGAAGCCCGACGCCUCAACGCAAAGCAGAGAAGGAGGAGAGGAGGGAGAGAAAAGACCAGGCCGCAGGGCCUGAGGAGGAGGAGGAGGAGACGAGGGAUCUCUCCAGAGAGGAAAAGGAAGAGGCAUUAUUUUCUCCCCAGUCUUUCCCUCCUUUUUGGCCUCCCCCCUCCUCUCCGCCAUGGAGGCCAAUUGGACCGCGUUCCUCUUUCAGGCACACGAAGCAUCACAUCACCAACAGCAAGCAGCACAGAACAGUUUGCUGCCCCUCCUGAGCUCUGCUGUUGAGCCUCCUGACCAGAAACCAAUUUUACCCUUGCCGAUCACACAGAAAACUCAGCCACCUCCAGAAACACUAAAAGAUGCCAUUGUCGGGAUUAAAAAGGAGAAACCGAAAACCUCCUUUGUGUGUACAUACUGCAGCAAGGCCUUCAGGGACAGCUACCAUUUGAGGCGCCACGAGUCCUGCCACACAGGGAUCAAGUUAGUGUCACGGCCAAAGAAAGCUCCUGCCACAAUGGUACCCCUAAUCUCGACCAUUGCAGGCGACAACAGCCGGACAUCGCUGGUGUCGACCAUCGCAGGCAUCUUGUCCACAGUUACUACAUCUUCCUCUGCCACCAAUCCCAGCAGCAGCGCUGGUGCCACGGCCAUGCCGGUGACGCAGACGGCCAAAAAGCCCAGCAAGCCCGUCAAAAAGAACCACGCCUGCGAGAUGUGCGGCAAGGCCUUCCGCGAUGUCUACCAUCUCAACAGGCACAAGCUCUCCCAUUCGGACGAGAAACCCUUUGAGUGCCCCAUUUGCAAUCAGCGUUUCAAACGGAAGGACCGCAUGACCUAUCACGUGAGGUCUCAUGAGGGUGGCAUCACCAAACCCUACACCUGUGGUGUUUGUGGAAAAGGCUUUUCGAGGUACCAUGUAGAAAAUCCCAGGCCUGAUCACUUAAGCUGUCAUGUCAAACAUGUUCACUCUACAGAGAGGCCCUUCAAAUGCCAAACCUGCACAGCUGCCUUUGCCACCAAAGACAGGCUGCGGACGCACAUGGUGCGCCAUGAAGGAAAAGUGUCAUGUAAUAUCUGUGGUAAACUUCUGAGUGCAGCGUAUAUUACCAGCCACUUAAAGACUCAUGGGCAGAGCCAAAGUAUCAACUGUAAUACCUGUAAACAAGGAAUCAAUAAAAAAUUUGGGUUUUUCAAGCAAGAAAACCUGCAUCUCCCCUCUUCAUGCAUGAAUGAAGAGAGCAACAACCAGAAGCAGCAGCAGCAGCAGCAGCAGCAACAGCAGCAGCAGACACAACAUGUUUCCAACUGGCCUGGAAAACAGGUAGAGACCCUGAGAUUAUGGGAAGAAGCUGUCAAAGCAAGGAAGAAAGAAAGUCAGCAGACUCUGAGGCCAACUACAGUCAAGCAAGAAUGUCAGUACAACUUUGAGAAGGCUAUAGAGUACGUACCAUUCGAAGCUGCUAACCUGUGCCAAACGUCUACUGCGGCUACUACACCGGUGACCCUUUCCACUCCCUUCAAUAUCACCUCUUCGGUGGCAUCGGGAACCAUCACUAAUCCGGUCACGGUGGCGGCCGCCAUGAAUAUGCGAAGCCCCGUGAACGUCUCAAGCGCGGUUAACAUCUCCAGCCCCAUGAGCCUCGGCCACCCGGUCACUAUCACCAGUCCUCUGUCGAUGACCUCUCCGCUAACGCUCACCACGCCAGUGAAUUUACCGACUUCAGUCACAGCUCCGGUGAACAUCGCCCACCCGGUGACCAUUACCUCCCCCAUGAACCUCCCGACCCCAAUGACGCUAGCUGGUCCGUUGAAUAUAGCAAUGAGGCCCGUGGAGAGCAUGCCUUUCCUUCCCCAGGCCUUGCCCACCUCUCCCCCUUGGUAGGAAGAAAGCAAAACAAAACCUCACGGCAGUAUUAAAAAAGAAGAAUGAGAAGCAAGUCCAUACCAGCAGUUAUCUUGUUUUGUUUUGUUUUGAGUUAGCAAUGGAUUGUGAAAACCAGCCUAAUUUUGCUGGGGCAAAAGUCACGCACCGGCUUUAUUUGUUUUUUUAAAAGACACUUUAUUCAUAGUGUUCUGAAUUAGUUGGCUGGCUGUUGAUCUGUCACUGGGUCCCUUGGUUUCCUUCCACUUUGUAGAAGUGUCCAAAGAGGAACCAGUGAGAGGCGGAUCCAGUUUACAUGUAUCUUCAGUUUAAAAAGCAUUGUGAAUAAGCCUAGAAAUCACGAAUGGUGAAAUGGUUUGAAUCAAAACACUAAAAGUCAGUAAAGGAAUGCAUGGUGGUGAUGGAUCACUUUUAAUUUGCCAGCUCUGUAUCCCUCUGAUUCAGAAAGUAGGUUUUGUAGCAUUGUUGUGGGUUUUUUUUUUUUAAGUAAAUGCAUUUCAUGGUCCUAUUUUAUUUUUAAUGCAUUUUGAGUAAUUAUGCAUUUUUACCUUUUUUGGGAAUAUGAUGAUUUCAGGCCAAAUUCCCUAUGGGAAAAAAGUGAUACCAGCUCUGAUAUGCAAAGCAUAUAUGGUGACUUUUAUCAUUCUAACCUCUCAAUAACAAUAGGGAUUGCAACCUAAUAUUUGGAGAUGUAAAUAACGACGUGACAUAUUACCCUAAGGGAAUUAUAACAUCAUAGUCGAUGUAAUUGAGAAGAAAAGAAGGAACUGUUUUAAUGUUUGGAAGGGGAAACGGCUGUCGCUGGCGGAAGAGGAUUUGGAACGGACGCGAGAACAGUCUCGGGUCAAAAUCCAGUCGGGACUCUUUCUGAAGAGCCAGUGGUAGGCUUUGGAAAACGGGGGUGGGGCGGGGAGGGAUAAUGCUUUAAGAUGGAAGACUGUGGAGGUGCUGGGGUAGGAUUUGUAUCUGCCCCCUCAUUCUCUCAAUCAGAGCCUGCUGGUGUUGUGAUGGCAAGAGCAGGCUGUGUUCACUAGAAGUUUUUUUUGUUGUCUUAUAAUAUAAAAUGGUAUACAGUUUUUAUUCUAACCACUAACUAGUUAGGAUGCCCCCUUCAGGACAAGCCAAGAGUGCAUCUUAUUGUUUUGUGUUUACCCCUUUCUUCUCCCCUUUCAAUCAAGUGUUGUGCGCUCUCUUCGAUUUUGUAAAUAUUUACAGGAAAAAUCUCCCCCUCCCUCCCCAUCGUUUGUACUUUUUAGUUACUUGUGUUAACACCUAGUUAUUGGCUCAUGGGGUUUCCCAGUAACUGUCUGGCCCAUCCAGUGAAGUGGAAAUCCCUGCCUCCUUUUAUGCCCCCCCCCCCCCACAAAGGGUCACAUUUAAAGCACCCAUCAAAAUGACACAUUUUAUUUCUCCUAUAUCUGUACAUAAAAGUAGUAUGGAAAAUCUAGGGAAGAGAUUGAUUUUUCUUUUUAGCCUAUCAUGUCACAAUCACUUUGUUGUCAAAUACGUGCCCAACAAUUGGAAGGAAUCAACGAGGCUUCCUCUGAUCACAACAGUGGUGACGGUGCCGUAGUAUUUGAUAUUUGGGCUUUUUUUAAUGGGAUGCUGGCGAACCUGAGAGGGUCAAAAACCCACUGUUUUUGUGUUUUAUACCCAUUGUGUCAGUGUAAAAGCAGCAUCUUUCGUACUUCUUUGAGACAGACGUCUGGGUUCAAGAGACGGCUGUCCCGAUUAUGUGAAAACAGUUCUAGGGGCUUGGACUACAUAGUAAAAAAAAUUAAAAACAAAAAUGGGGAAAAUGAUAGAACUUAGUGUAAAAUAAUUUUAUAAAUGAUCUUUUUGUACCUUAGGACAUCAAAUUGUACAACUUUUGUAUAUAUAAAAGCUUAGGAACUUCCUGUGUAGCAAAAAGAACACAUUCCUACACUUCUAAUGUAUAUGUUUGUUAUAAUGUCAUGUAAACAUAUGCCCUAUGUUUGUGCCUUUUAAUUAGUUUGUCUCAAUAAACAGAAAGGUAGAGA